GAGCACAGCUCUCAGACGCUAAUCAAACUGAAAUAUAAGAGGAAAGAAAGCAACCGAGAGAAAUCAGCAGAAACUCAAGACUCAAAAAAUAACCUCAAAAAUGAAGGGGACUCUGCUGGCAGCUCUGACACUGGCCACCAUCAUCUCAGGGACACUGGUAAGCAUCCUGAAACCCAGACUGUUGCAGAGGGCUCCACCGCAACCUUCACAUGUGAACUGAAAAACUGUCCAGUCUGCUUUGUGCAUUGGACGGCAAUUGACACAGAGACUGGUCUCAAUGUCAGUGUAAAUCGACAUGUUGUGGCUGAAAACAACCAUAUCACCAGCACAAUCAGCAUUCUCGCAGUCAAUAACACAGUGGUCCAGUGUGUGGAGAACAACCGCCUUGCUAGGCCAAAGAGGGAAAGACUUCACUAUAGCACAUUGGCACUACUACUCGUGGAGAAAGAAGGAUCUGGAGCAGAGUACAGAUAGUGCAGCAUUCACAAUCAUGUAUUAUGCAAUGCCUUGUAC